AUGGAGUCAACUCUCCAUUUAGUGCUCCGAUUAUGUGGUGGCCAUCGUGGUAAACGCAAAGAGUACAUGCUUAAUAAUAAACAGCCGAUCAAAGUAUAUUAUUGGUGUUGUGUGAUGGUGUUUUUAAGUCUGCGCUCCGAAUAUGAAAAUGCCGCCUAUCACGCCAAGCUGCCAUUUCAGCGUUUUUUGGCCAUCUCAUCGAAUACGAGAAUCAGCCAACUUCAGAUUUCGAAAACUUCCACCAUAUUCUUGGUUAAAUUAUAUCGUUUUAUCACAAAAGUAACGGUGUGUGUGUAG